UCUUCAACAAAACCUAAUGUUGUCAGUGGGGUGCACUUCUAGAGCUACAGGGGGCACUAUUUUGUCUUAAAUAAAAUAAAAUAACACAUAAAUCUAGUUAGAAUCAGCAAAUAUUGGGGAUUUUUACUUGAAAAUGUAAUAAUUAUCAAAAUUGUUGAUAUAAUAUUGUAUACAUACACACUGUAAUACUAUAAUUGGUGCUUUUACUUUUGAUACUUAAAGUGCAUUUUCUUGUUAAUAGUUGUGUAUUUUUUAUUUGUAAGCAAAUUUAUUGAAAUGAUCAGUGGUGAAAAAUAUUUAAGUAUAUUCACUUAAGUACAAUUUUGACAUAUUUGGUUUUCUAAAACUGGGAAUUUUGCAUUGUACCGUUGCAUUAAAGCAUUACAAAUUGCUACCACUGAUUAUUACAGUUGUUCCCACACCACACUUAUAUGUUAUAUUACACAUUAUAAUUCUGCCAAACGAAAUUGUCAGACGGUCCCUAAGUCGGCAGGCUGAGUAGUUGAUGCUGGAUCACCGAGCAGCAGCAGUUCAGUCAGUCCGUCGCUGCAGUCCAACACAGCGGCCAGUCAUCAACCUCCUCUCAGCGUCCUCGGAGCUGUAACGCUAUGUGGCUCUGAACUGACGGCGGACGGUUCAGCCGGAGCAGGGUACGGCGGUGUUACCAUUCGUGGACAUGAGGACACCUGCUACAGCGGCUUCUUCCAAACGGCGGACCGGGAAUCUUGACUGGCAUCGAUUUUCACCGUGCAAAUGAGAAAGAAUCGUCAUGACCAUUCUCCUGCUGACCAGUCACUCCUUCACUGAGGGACCUCAGCCCUUUUCGGUUUCUGGACUUACCAAUGCAGGGAUGAGAUAAUAAAGUCAACCAGCUGGUGCAUGCCGCUGCAACAACUCCUGUGGCACUUGUAAACCCCACCCCACCCUGCCCCCCGACCCCUACCCUGAGCUAAGUUUUAAAUUUCAUCAGUCAAAACAUGACGACACCGGCUCUCCUGCCGCUGUCGGGCCGCAGGAUACCCACUCUUUCACCGGGCGCCUCCUCCUUCCCGCACCACAGAGCUACGUUGAGGCUCUCCGAGAAGUUCAUCCUCCUCCUCAUUCUCAGUGCCUUCAUCACCUUAUGUUUUGGGGCCUUCUUCUUCCUCCCGGACAAUUCCAAGCACAAGCGCUUUGACCUGGGCUUGGAGGAUGUGCUCAUCCCUCAUAUUGACUCGCCCAAAGAGGGGAAGCAUGCCUCUGGACAGGUGGUCAUACAUGGACAGGGAGGACAUGACGAGCACAGACAUAGGGAGGAGGAGGAGAGCCUGCGGGACAAGAUUCGGGCGGACCACGAGCGAGCGCUGCAGGAGGCGAAGGAGAAGCUAAGAAAGUCACGCGAGGAGCUGCAGGCUGAGAUUCAGACGGAGAAGAACAAAGUGAUGGAGGACAUGAAAAAGAAGGAUACAGGGCCUAAACCCUUACCACCCGUCCCCAUGCCCAAAGUGGUGGGCGUCAGCGAUGGAGAGCCGCCGGAGCCCGACGCCAAAGAGAAACGCGACAAGAUCAGAGAGAUGAUGAAGCACGCAUGGGACAGCUAUAGACAGUACGGCUGGGGUCAUAACGAGCUGAAGCCCCUCGCCAAGAAAGGACAUUCCACAAAUAUCUUUGGUAAUUCCCAACUAGGGGCGACCAUCGUGGAUGCUUUAGACACGCUGUACAUCAUGGGCCUCCACGAGGAGUUCAAGGACGGUCAGGAGUGGAUUGAACAGAAUCUGGACUUCGGUGUGAAUGCCGAGGUGUCCGUGUUUGAGGUCAACAUUCGUUUCAUAGGAGGACUGCUGGCCGCCUACUACCUCUCUGGACAGGAAGUAUUUAAGCUGAAGGCGGUCCAGCUAGCCGAGAAGCUGCUCCCUGCCUUUAACACCCCCACAGGGAUCCCCUGGGCCAUGGUCAACCUUAAGAGUGGUGUUGGUCGUAACUGGGGUUGGGCGUCAGCAGGCAGCAGCAUCCUGGCGGAGUUCGGGACCCUUCAUAUGGAGUUUGUUCACCUCACCUACCUGACAGGAAACCCCGCCUACUACCAGAAGGUGAUGCACAUCCGGAAGCUGCUGGCCAAAAUGGACCGACCCAACGGGCUCUACCCAAACUACCUGAACCCCCGCACGGGCCGCUGGGGCCAACAUCACACCUCUGUCGGAGGACUCGGGGACAGUUUUUACGAGUACCUGCUGAAGGCGUGGCUCAUGUCUGACAAGACCGAUACAGAAGCCCGCAAGACGUACGACGACGCCAUCGAGGCCAUCGAGCGCCACCUGAUCCGCAAAUCCAACGGCGGCCUGACAUUCAUCGGUGAGUGGAAGAACGGACACCUGGAGAGGAAGAUGGGUCACCUGGCCUGCUUCGCCGGCGGCAUGUUCGCGUUGGGCGCCGAUGGCUCGCCCGACGACAAGGCCGGACACUACCUGCAGCUGGGAGCCGAGAUCGCGCACACCUGCCACGAGUCCUACGACAGGACGGUGCUGAAGCUCGGCCCGGAGGCCUUUAAGUUCGACAGCGGCCUGGAGGCGGUGGCCGUGCGGCAGAAUGAGAAGUACUACAUCCUGCGGCCGGAGGUCAUCGAGACCUACUGGUACAUGUGGAGGUUCACCCACGAUCCCAAAUACCGGCAGUGGGGCUGGGAGGCAGCGCAGGCCAUUGAUAAGUACUGCAGGGUGAGCGGAGGUUUCUCGGGGGUGAAGGACGUCUACUCCUCCAACCCGACCUACGACGACGUGCAGCAGAGCUUCUUCCUGGCCGAGACGCUCAAGUAUCUGUACCUGUUGUUCUCCAGCGACGACCUGAUGCCGUUGGAGAGCUGGGUCUUCAACACGGAGGCUCACCCGCUUCCUGUCCUCCACCUGGGCAACAUCACCCUGCCCGGCAGUGAGCCGGCUCAGCGGUAGACGGACAGGCCCUCUUCCUCCACCACAGCACCAGGGGGCGCCACCUGUCCGCCCGCCUGCCUGCCUGCCUGCCUGCCCUAAAAAAAAAUAAUAAUAAUACAAAAAAAACAUUUAAAAAAAAAAAAAAAAAAACCCACCCACCAACACUGGACAAAAACUUACAUUCAGCUCUACAGACUCUCAACUGCUUUUGGACUGCAGACAUCGACCCGGAGGAGACGGAGCGAGAGCCUCCAGCACAGACCACUGCAGAGUGGAGAGGACUCGGGUGUCGACCCUCCCUCUCUUCUUCUAUGUUUUACUCUUUGACUCGCUCUGUCUUCUCUGCUCUGAUCAGAAGGACGGUGGGUGUGCUGCUCAGCCUCACGUUCGGCUUGAAUGAACUCUUUUCUCUGAAGGACCGAGCUCCAGAACCCGAGGCUUGAUUUAGUUUUUUGGUUAUUAUUUUUAGUGUUUUAUUUGACCAAACUUUGCUCCCAUACAGACUCGAGAUGAGGCACUGAGAGUGCAUAUUAUGGGAUUUUGUGAAGGAUCAUGCAGUCAGUUUGACACUGCACUGAUGGAGUUCCAGGCAGACGGACUUUAGGACUUUACAGGGUCUGUUGAUAAGGUGUUUUUCUUUUGUUUGUUUUGUUUGUUUUUUUUGGUUGGACAAAUCCUAAAUUGGGGACACAGGGUUGAAUCAAAGCCCUCGGCUUCUCCCUGACCCAACCCCUCCCCCGCUCCACUCCCUGUUUAAUCGUCAUCAGAUGAACUUUGACCUGGAACUGUUAGCAGCUCGUCACAUCAUCAGUGUCCGAGCGGGUCGUGGCAACAGUCCCCGCCUCCUCAAAUCCUCCUUUUUCAGAAAAGUGGACCAUUAUACGUGGAACAGAAACUACACAGGGGACAGCAGCAGGCCUCAACCACCUUCACCCCCCCCACCCCCCCAGCUCAACUCAACAUCUCUCCAGCUUCUCUUCACAGAGCCGCAACCUUUCACCCCCCCCCCCCCCCCCCCCCCCAACCAUUCUGCUGCUACUCGAUGGGAUGCUGCUGUUUUUUUUUAUCACUCCAUAUUUUUUCUGAUCACACUGUCGCAUAGUUUCCCCCCCGGCUCAUCAACCCCUCUCUCAUCUCUCCCGUCCACUUGUUUCCCGCCUUUUCAUCAAUCACUCCACAUCAUUUGCACAUCAUUCAUUGUGAGAUGAGGCUGGAACCCAACCGUGCUUACGUAUGUGUGUGUGUGUGUGUGUGUGUGUGUGUGUGUGUGUGUGUGUGUGUGUGUGUGUGUGUGUGUGUGUGUGUGUGUGUGUGUGUGUGUGUGUGGAGGUUAAAACAACCCCUGCUGUAAAUCAUUUGUUUGUGCACUUUGUAUGGCAAGACUGACGAAGAGGAGAGUAGAGGUGUAGCACUGAAAGAGCUGAAUAAACCACCUUCUUAUGUCUCCCUGCUGA